AUGGAAUUGGCCUAUGAAGAAACGACAACGUCUCAAUCAAUCACCAUGAAAGGUGGGGAUGGCCCAUUAAGCUAUGCCAAAAACUCUAGCUUGCAGAAAGGAGUUGUGGACGCUACAAAAGAAAUGAUGAUACACGCGAUUGCAGAUAAGCUUGACAUGGAGAAGCUUUGUUCCGAAGCAUUUCGCAUAGCUGACUUCGGGUGUUCCACAGGACCAAACACUUUUUUCUCCAUGCAAAACAUCAUACAAGCAGUGGAGCAAAAGCACCGUCAAACCAACCCUGAAACUGCUCUGGAGUUUCAGUUGUUCUUCAAUGAUCACUCCAGCAACGAUUUCAACACCCUUUUCAAAUCCCUCCCACCCUCGUGGCCACACUUCAUUGCCGGAGUUCCGGGUUCGUUCUACGGACGAUUGUUCCCUAAAUCCUCGAUCCAUAUCGGACACUCGGCGAAUGCAUUGCAAUGGCUGUCCAAAGUUCCCAAUCAAGUGGUUGAUUGCGGUUCUUCAGCUUACAACAGCGGAAGCAUAUAUUGCACUGGAACUGAAUCAGAAGUGGCAAAAGCGUUUGCGUCUCAGUUUGAGAAUGAUAUGGAAACCUUUUUGAACGCCAGAGCUGAAGAGCUUGUAAAUGGAGGGUUGAUUGUAAUCCUUAUGGGUGGAAUUCCGGAUGGAAUCUCUCUAUCUCAGACUGCAAUCGGCAAAUUUUAUGAUCUUCUUGGAUCUUGCCUUGUGGAUUUGACUAACAAGGGAUUAAUCGAUGAAGAAAAGGUGAAGUCUUUUAACUUGCCCCUACACUUUCCAACAGCCAAGGAGCUAAAGGCAUUGAUCGAGAGAAAUGGACGUCUCUGCAUCGAGAGUAUUGAUGAAAUGACAGGACAGGUAAAGCGUGUGCCGGCGUUGCCGAGUACCGAGAACUAUAUAUCCCUCGUAAGAGCUGGAUUUGAAGUAUUGAUUAAAAAGCAUUUCGGAAAUGAGAUGGUUGAUGAGUUCUUCACAUAUUAUGGUCAGAAACAUUUGGAGUCUAGCUUCGUUUUUGGAGAGAAUGCUGUUGAUAAUACCCUGAUAAGUGUGAUUCUUAAGCGCAUCUAAAGUCUUAAA